CGCGUGGAGGACAUGCUGAAUGGGACAGUUUGUGCCCUCGGUGUAUUCUGUCGGCAUCUCUUGAGAAUCACCGUGUGGAGCACGUCGAGCGUUCUGGCACAACUUGUGAACACUAGAUGCAUCUUCAGGAGCGCGAGCGUGACAAGCGACCCCGAAUGAGAAGAUUCAUCCCGCAUUCAUUCGAAAGACGGGUUGUCCAGUCAGCCUUAUGCGGGUUGCUCGGAUAUAGUGGUGUGGACGGUGACUGGACACGUUCGAGGACACGUUUAAUUGUGUGGUCUGAAGAAGCAUCGAUGAUACGUCGUGGGCCUGUCCAUCGGCUUUGCAAGUGUUAGAUGAACAGCAGCGCAGGAUACGACUCUGAUGGAUUUGAAUGGACCUUUGUUGUAGAUAAUUGCGGACGAUGUUCUAACAAUGAAAUUCCG